AAUGACCACGCCCCCUGUGAUUCUGAGAAAGCUUGGAAGAGUGAGCUACAGCAAAGCUCUAGCGCUGCAGCAAUCACUCGCCCACAAGUACAAUACAGUGCAGCCAGAAGAGCCUAUAGGGGAGUUAUUGCUGUGUGAGCAUGAUCCAGUCUACACCCUUGGCCUACGAGAGAGAAAGACCAAGUGUGAUGAGGAGAGACUGACCAUAUUGGGUGCUCAAGUACACAAGACACGUCGAGGUGGUUUAACCACCUUCCAUGGACCUGGGCAGCUGCUAGUCUAUCCUGUCCUCAACCUGAGAGCUCUCAAGCUUGGAGUGAGGGACUAUGUGAGGUGUUUGGAGAAUUCUGUAAUCAGAGGAUUGGCUGAAUUUGGAGUGAAUGGAUUCACUACUGAGAAUGUCGGAGUGUGGGUGAAGGGAGGCGAGAAAGAAGAGAAAAAGAUAUGUGCCAUUGGCAUCCAGGUGACCCAUGGUGUGUCCUAUCAUGGCCUGGCUCUCAACUGCUGCACUGAUCUCUCCUGGUUCUCUCACAUCAUUCCAUGUGGUCUAGUGGGCAAACAGAUGACCUCUCUCUCCCAGCUCUGCACUAGAACUGUCUCUGUGGAGGAAGUCAGUCCUGUACUGGCAGCUAGUCUAGCAGACACUAUAGGAUUCACACUUAUACACUAGCCACUCAGUCUGUGUGCACAAAUUAAUGUCUUAUUAUUAUUAUUAUCAAGUUAUGGUACAUAUAAUUUUUGUUCAUAAAAAAAAAAAGUUCCAAGAGUUGAUUUGUAUAGUUAUAUGCAUAAAAAAUAUUCUAUGUCUCAA